UUUCUUGAUACUUAUUUCAAUGGCAAUUUCAAAGAUUGUUAAUAGUAAUAAUAAAAAACAGUGUUACAUAUCUGUACCUUCUGAGAUCAUAACUUCCCUUUCAUCUGCAAAUUUACAAUCUUUAAUUGACACACCUAAAAAAACAGCUGCUGUUUCAAAGAUUUCUACUUUUUCUAAAGCAAAGAUCUUUAUUAAAAACCCAAGAAUAAGAUUAUGGUUUUUAUUGAUUUUUGUUUUUGGGUUUUUGUUUAUGUUGAUGAAAAUAUGCAAAUUUGAGACUUUUGGUUCAUACCCAUGUGAAAAAAAAGUUGAUUUUGGGUUGACUAAAAGUAGUGGUUUGAGUCAAAAUUUGAUGAAAUUUGAAAAUAAAGGUGUUGAAAAAAAGAGUGAAUUUUGGGAGCAACCAAAUGGGCUUGGAUAUAAAGGGUGUUUGGAUUUUAGUGAAGAAUAUAAGAAAUCAAGUAUUGAGAUAUUGAAAGAUAGGAGUAAGUAUUUGGUGGUUGUGGUUUCUGGUGGUAUGAAUCAACAAAGGAAUCAAAUAGUUGAUGCUGUUGUAAUUGCUAGGAUUCUUGGUGCUACUCUUGUUGUGCCUAUUUUACAAGUUAAUGUUAUUUGGGGAGAUGAAAGUGAGUUUUCUGAUAUAUUUGAUGUUGAACACUUCAAGAAAACUUUGGCUGAUGAUGUUAGAAUUAUUUCAUCCUUGCCAUCAAACCAUUUGAUGUCAAGACCAGUUGAGGAAAAACAUACUCCACUUCAUGUUUCCCCUCAAUGGAUUCGCUCUCGUUAUCUCCGAAGGAUGAGAAGGGAAGGUGUUCUGCUUUUACGAGGUCUUGAUUCUAGGCUGUCUAAGGAUCUUCCUUCUGACCUACAAAAGCUCCGAUGCAAGGUUGCUUUUCACGCAUUGAAGUUUGCCCCACCGAUCUUUGAACUAGGAAACAAACUUACUGAGAGGAUGAGAAGCAAAGGGCCUUAUCUUGCUCUUCAUCUUAGAAUGGAGAAAGACGUGUGGGUGAGAACAGGGUGCCUUCCUGGAUUGAGUGCUAAUUAUGAUCAAGUAAUUUAUAACGAGAGAAAAAUUCGCCCUGAGCUCCUAACAUCAAGAUCCAACAUGACAUAUCAUGACAGAAAACUUGCUGGGCUUUGUCCUUUAAAUGCUGUGGAGGUUACACGGCUCUUGAAAGCUCUACGUGCUCCCAAGAACGCAAUGAUCUUUUGGGCUGGUGGAAGUCCAUUAGGUGGUAAAGAAGCAUUGCUACCAUUAAUAAAGGAAUUCCCUAACUUUUACAACAAAGAAGACCUUGCUUUACCUGGAGAGCUAGAACCAUUUGCAAACAAAGCGUCAAUUAUGGCAGCACUUGAUUACAUUGUUUCAGAAAACAGUGAUGUUUUCAUGCCUUCUCAUGGUGGAAACAUGGGUCAUGCAAUUCAAGGACAGAGAGCAUAUGCAGGCCAUAAAAAAACGAUCACACCAAAUAAAAGGCAAAUGUUACCUUAUUUCUUGAACUCAUCACUUCCUGAAAAGAAAUUCAACAAGAUUAUCUUUGAUCUACACCGUGAUUCCAUGGGUCAGCCGAUGAUCAGAACCAACAAAGUUGGUCGUGAUGUUACUAAGUAUCCUAUCCCUGAAUGUAUGCGCAAUGAUUCUAUGAUUCAACGAGUUUGAUGAGGAGUAUUUAUUGCUUUUUUGGUCCAGAAACCAGAAAUGAGCUGGUUUCGAACUGGGAUUACAGCUUGAAGGUGAGAUGGCUUUCCGGCCUUGUAACAAACAGGCAUAAUCAGGAAGAAUGAAAUAGAAGGGAUAUAGUCAUCGUUUUGGUUCUUUGAUCUCAAGGUUCUUAAUUGAUUAAUUUAUUUCUUUCACUACACCCGUUGUAUCCUAGACGAGUAUAAAAUGUAUAUAAAAAGUUACUGAAAACAUUGUUAUACUACUUCAUUUAUACAAUCAAACAUGUCUGUAUUCA